UGUGUGUCCUGCAGACAGGCUGCUCCCAGAAAGGCGACUGCCCCAGAGUCCUGCCUGGCUUCAUGGGGAGCAGUUCCAGAGCAUCGCCCAGGGACUCCGUGACAGAGCCCAUCCCCAGGGUGGUGUGUGCGAGGUGGCCACACAGGUGCCACCUUUAAGAGUUGGGGUGGGGGGAGUGGUGUCCCCAUCCAAGCCUGGCCAAAGCUAUGGCCAGUUUUGCCCCAGUCUUGGGUGUGAGCCAGAGCGCCCAUGAGGGGGACCGGCUGUUUUAUGCCAGGCAAGCGGCCUCCCUAUCUGUGGUGGAACAGGACACUGACCCCAGCUUGUGUCAGGCCAGCGCUGUGCCCAAUGGGCCAGUCUGGCCUUGCCGAACCCAGAGCAGCCCUGCAGCCAACUCUCCCCAGGCCCCGCCCCUUGCUGUGACAUCCAGAAGUGCCCAGCUCCCUGCCAGGGUCCCCUCCGGGCCAGACACCAGCUGCUGGGAAAGUCACUGACCUUGGUAAGGUCAGGCUGUACAGAGAGCAGGUGCCGUGGCCAGGCGGGCUGGGAUAAAAGCGGCGAGGAGGAGGGAGCCCUCGCAGCCAGCGCCUUGCACCUGGAGCAGGAGCCAUAGGCGGAGCAGGAGCCGCCAAGACCAUGUGGAUGCCCAUGCUGCUGGUCGCCAGCCUGCUCUGGGGGGCCCUCGCCUCCACCCACACCAGCCUCAACGAAGUCCAGCUCGGCAACGACCAGAGCUGCCCGGCGCCCAGGGGGAUCGAGCACGGGAAGGUGGAGCACCUGGCCCGCUACCAGUGUGACCCCUACUACCAGCUGCGCAGCCGCGGUGACGGCCUAUACCGAUGUAGCCAGCAGCACAUGUGGUUGAAUGAAGCAGCCGGAGAGGAGCUGCCCAUUUGUGAGCCAGUGUGUGGGAAGCCCAAGAACCCGGCCAGACAGGUGCAGCGCAUCAUUGGGGGCAUGAUGGCAGCCAAGAACAGCUUCCCCUGGCAGGGCCGGCUGCUGAGCCACCACAACCACACGGCGGGGGCCACGCUCAUCAGCGACCAGUGGCUGCUGACGACAGGCAGGAACCUCUACCUGGGCCACAGUGAGAACAGCACGCUGGAUGAAAUCGCCCCCACCCUGCGGCUCUUUCUUGGCAAGGAGACGCCCGCCGGGGCUGUCGAGCUCAUUGUCCUGCACCCUGAGUUCCCGGGGGCUGUGGACCUGGCCCUGCUCAAGCUCAAGCACAAGGUGCCCAUUGGAGAGGCCGUGAUGCCCAUUUGCCUGGCCCAGAAGGACUAUGCAAAGGUGGGGAGGGUGGGCUUUGUCUCUGGCUGGGGCUGGAACACCCUCCUGGAGCACCCAAAGCACCUCAAGUACGUCAUGCUGCCUGUGGCCGACAGCGUCAGCUGCCAGGCGUACUACCAGGCACACGCCUGGAAGCCACUGCUGAACAGCCACACCUUCUGCGUCGGCAUGAGCGAGCUGCACGAGUCCACCUGCCUCGGGGACGCCGGCAGCGCCUUUGCCAUCCACGACCCUGAGGACGACACCUGGUACGCGGCCGGGAUCCUCAGCUUUGACCGCAGCUGCUCAGCUGCCAAGUACGGCGUCUAUGUGCAGAUGCUCAGUGUCUUGGACUGGAUCAAGGAGACCAUGGCUGCACACUGAACCCAGGCUGGGCCCCAGCCCCUGGACACAGCCCUGAGCAAUAAAACCCUUUCCUCA